AUGUCACUGUUCGAUCUCGACGACUCGAUUGGCACUGGCAGCGACUACGAAUCCGAGUACGAGCCAGAGCCAGAGUUAGAGGACGAAUACUUGAAAUUCUUGAACGAACUUGACAUUGACAUUGAUAACACCCCGCACCUCCAAGCAUCCCCCGCAGACGAUAAGCCGGUGGUUGAAGGGGAUGUAGACGAACUUGACCUCGGCGAUGCGACAUAUAUAGGUAUUAUGACGGAGGAGAACGUCGAGGUCCGAGUCGAAAUACCCAGGGCUUCAACUGCACCCAAGGCGCCCAAGGUGAAUGCGAACAAGCGAAUAGAUAAAGAUAAAGAUAAAGAUAAAGACAAGAAUAAAGAUAAAAAUAAACAUGAGGACAAGGACAAGGACAAGGCCGAAGAUAAAGACGAAGACGAAGACGCGGUCGCAAACGCGAUGUUCGCUCUUUACAUCCACGACGACAUGUACUACCUUCUCUCUGACCCGGACCCUGACUCGGACAACACAGCUGCCGACACAGUUCCAGCUCCGUUUCGCGGCUCUCUUCCGCUUCCGCUCAUGGACAUUGACACUUCCGAGUCCGCGAGAGAAUCUGAAGAAUCUGAAGCUGAAGGCACGUCUUCUGACGAUGAUUCGAAUGAUAACGGCUGGGACGACGAUGACUCGGACGACUCGGACAACGAUGACUCGGAUGACGAUGACGAUGGCUCGGAUAAUUCGGAUUCUGAGCUUGAGUCGCUCUACGGCCCGCCGAUAAUGAGACGGCAAAGUAAAGUAAAGCGCACACUGCGUGCAACGCGGGUGUACAUGGCGCGAGCAUCUGCAUCUGCAUCCGUAUCGUCACCCUCACCGUCAUCACGGAGGCAGUCGCCGCUGUGGAUGACCGAGGCGCAGAAGAAAGCGAGGAAGAAAUGGAGGUAG